CCGAAUCUGCAAAUUUCGCUACAAAUUUUAUUGACAAAAGCAGUUUCAAUUGCAAGCUGUGAGCGAUCAUUCAGCAAAGUGAAACUUAUUUUAUUGUAUCUGCGUGUAUCAAUGAAACAAGAUCGUUUCAGUGAUCUUGCCCUUCUCAGUAUUUAA